UCUCGACUUUUGGCUAACCACUCCUCCAUGCUUUAGGAAGUAAGAUACCUUUUAGCGUCCUUGCGCAAGCUUUAUCACGACCUUCGCAAUAUUUUGCCAGCCGGUGUUUCUUUCACGACUCGUACGAGAUCUCAAGUCGCGACGGCCAUUUAACGUACACUUUCACAAAAGUUAUUGCUUGAAUUUCGGUUCUGUUACGCUGUGCUCGUGAAUUGUUAUUCUUCAGAUCGCCAUGUCUUUCCAGAACUACGAAUUCCAAAACCAGCAGGAUGCCGCUGCCCCAACUGGCGCUCCUGCUCCCGCCGAUGCCAACAUGACCGGCCAGGAGCCUUCUCCUGCGCCUUUCACUGGCCCUGCCCCUGGCGAGCCUUCUGCUGCUCCAGUUCCCCAGCAGGGAGGCGACGGAAAGACCACUCUUUGGAUGGGUGAACUCGAGCCAUGGAUUGAUGAGAAUUUCAUCCGCAAUCUUUGGUUCCAAAUGGGUGAGCAGGUUAACGUCAAGAUGAUUCGGGACAAGUUUUCCGGAAGCAACGCUGGUUACUGCUUUGUCGACUUUGCGUCUGCCGCUGCUGCCGCCAAGGCCCUCAGUCUCAACGGCACUCCUAUGCCCAACACCACCCGUGCCUUCAAACUCAACUGGGCUACUGGCGGUGGCUUGGCAGACCGUGGCCGCGACGACCGUGGACCCGAGUACUCGAUCUUUGUUGGCGACCUUGGCCCCGAAGUCAAUGAAUACGUUCUGGUUUCUCUUUUCCAAAGCCGCUUCCCAUCUUGCAAGUCCGCUAAAAUCAUGACCGACCCGAUCAGUGGCAUGUCUCGUGGAUAUGGGUUCGUCCGUUUUUCGGAUGAGAACGACCAGCAGCGCGCUUUGAGCGAAAUGCAGGGUGUCUACUGUGGCAACCGUCCUAUGCGUAUCUCUACCGCCACUCCUAAGAACAAAGGUCCUGGCGUCGGCCCUGGCGCAUUGGGAAUGCCUGGUCCUGCUGGCCUGUACCCUCCGGCCAUGGGCGGUCCUCCUAUGGGCUUCUACGGUGCUCCUCAGCCAAUGAACCAAUUUACCGACCCCAACAACACAACUGUCUUUGUUGGAGGUCUCUCUGGCUAUGUGACUGAGGAUGAGCUCCGCUCUUUCUUCCAAGGCUUUGGCGAGAUCACUUAUGUCAAGAUCCCUCCUGGAAAGGGCUGCGGUUUCGUUCAGUUUGUUCAGCGACACGCUGCUGAGAUGGCCAUCAACCAGAUGCAAGGAUACCCCAUUGGCAACUCCCGUGUCCGUCUCAGCUGGGGUCGUUCUCAGAACAAUUCCGGCCCAGCUGGCACCCCAUACCGUCCUGCCCCCCUCCACCGAUCUAUCCCAACAUGGGCAUGCCCCCGGCGCAUCAAUACGGUGGCUUCGCUCCCAUGAAGGUUGGUCAACCUGAUGCCUAGUCCCAAGUGAACAAUCGGACUGACUUGGUUGUUUGUUUUCAACCUGACAGUAAAGGAAAUCAUACCCGCAAAAGAGUUUUAGCCUCAUUUCCGCAAUGAGUCUAGUUUGACAUUUGGCUUGCCCUUUUUUUCACAAUUUCGCUAAGGCUCUUUUAUUGCUCUUGAUGAGCGAGGUUUUUUCCCUGGGCGUUUGCUUUCAUCUGAGCGGUCUCUUUCUCUUUAUUUACUUCAAGAUAUGGAUGUGUCGACGACGUCCGUGUAAAGCGAUUUCCAACCUAGCUCUGUUGUUUCUAGUGGCUUGCCUACUUUGCGUCUAAUGAUGCACGAACUCUUAUGCCCAUGCCCAUCUAACUUCCAGAUUGCACCCUUCCUUCUAUUUCUCAUUUUUGCCUCGUUCCCCGUU